GUUUGAAAUUCUAUACAGGUGCGUGGAUUCUUGGGCCAGCCACAGUUGGAAAAUGCUCUAACUGGGAUGGAUCUUGUGAUAAUUCCUGCUGGUGUCCCUCGGAAACCUGGGAUGACAAGGGACGAUCUAUUUAACAUCAAUGCUGGAAUUGUACGUACUCUUUGCGAGGGAAUCGCGAAUUGCUGCCCCAAGGCGAUUGUGAAUGUGAUCAGUAAUCCUGUCAAUUCUACCGUUCCAAUUGCUGCUGAAGUUUUCAAGAAAGCUGGGACAUAUGAUCCCAAGCGCCUUUUGGGGGUUACUACACUUGAUGUAGUGAGAGCCAACACUUUUGUGGGAGAGGUUCUUGGACUUGAUCCCAGAGAAGUCAAUGUUCCUGUCAUUGGUGGGCAUGCUGGAGUUACGAUAUUACCACUCCUUUCACAGGUGAAUCCUGCCUGCUCAUUCACUUCAGAAGAGGUUAAUUACCUCACUUCUCGCAUACAGAAUGGCGGGACAGAAGUAGUUGAGGUAUGCUUUUCCUUGCUGCAUUUCUUAUACACAAGGAGGAAAACCCCUUAUGCAUUUUCUCAGCCCUGUAUAUCGGUUCAACAUUCAUCUGACCUGUUAGAUCUAUGGAUUCUGGUUCUUCUUUUUGGUUCUAUGAUUAACAAAUCUGAAAAAGAAUCCGCAUGCUUAAUUUUGAGAGUACAAGAGUCAGAUCAUUAGUAAAAUGGAUAUGUG